UGAAUUGACGUGUUCCGCUGUUGUUCAAUGAGCCACGUCCUGUUACAAAAGUAAGGCGGGUUGCACUGGAUCCAACCUUGUGCCGUGAUGUCCUCUCCCUAAGUCAGAAGUGGCGUGUGUCUGAUACCAAGCUGUGGUUGCUAGCCCAGGGCCCGUAGUCAUGUCGCGUUUGUACUUCGCCUUUAUACUUCUCUGUGGACUCUUUCAUUACGGUUCCACAAUAAUGUGCUACGAAUGCAACAGUGCUAUAAACUCGCAGUGCCUUGAAGCCAAGCUGCCGGACAGCUUAAAGAAGAACUGCUCCGACCAUGACCGAGGAGUCACCCAUACGCUCUGCCGUAAGAUAAUCCAGCAUGUGGAGUAUGGAAUCAAUGGGAAACUGCCAGAGAACAGAGUCAUCAGAAGCUGUGGUUGGGACGAGAGUAAAUAUAAAGGCCAAUGUUACCACCGUGCCGGUUACGGGGGCAGGCAGGAAGUAUGCUCCUGUACGACUGACUACUGCAACGGUGCCCAAGAGACCACCACCACCGCCCUCCUCACCACUGCCAUCAUGUUCCUCGGUAGAAUUGUCUGCCAAUGAGUCUUAGAUAGUUUUUGUGCAAAAUUCCAAAAUACAUCUAUUUUAUUGCCGAGCUAAUUGUUAUUGUAUACGAUUUCAAAAAUUUCUAACAUAGUAUCAACAAUAUCAUCAGUUAUAAUUCAUAAAUAAGCUAUAAACGAAA